AUGGUGGCAGAAGAACAUCCAAGUAAACAAGAAUACCGACAUCCCGAGCUGAUUGUUUGGACCAUUGCUGUUCUUUUCAUCUCACUUCUCAGUGCCUGUUUUAUUGCAAACUGUUUGGUGACUCAUCACAACGUUCCAUGGUGUAAAAGAAGCACUGGAGUGUUCAAGUUACCAAAGUAUCACAGCGAACUGACAUGCAUCAGAGACAAAUUAAAACAGAAAGAGAGCACCUGGAAUUGCUGUCCUGUUGGCUGGAGAGCCUUUCAGUCCAACUGCUAUAUUUUUCUAAAUGACAACAAGACCUGGGCUGAGAGUGUAAGCAACUGUACAGGGAUGGGAGCCAACCUGGUGACCAUCAGGACUGAGGCUGAGCAGAACUUUAUUAUUAAAUUUUUGGAUAGACAACUUUCCUAUUUCCUGGGACUUACAGAUCAGAACACUGAAGGCCAGUGGUACUGGGUAGAUGGGACACCAUUUAACCCACGCAUGGUAUUCUGGCAUAAGGAUGAACUCAACAAAUUGUGGGAAGCACACUGUGUUGUACUUGUUAAUGAAAAAGAUAAAUGGGCCUGGAAUUAUUUUCCUUGUCACUUUGAGACAAGUAGGAUUUGUAAGAUGCCUGGAACAGGACUCAACUAG